GACACAUCUAUCAUUUCUCUCUGAACCAAGGAAAAAGAAACAACCAUGAUGAAGAUAGUGGUGUUCAUGAUGUGCCUGCUGGCCACUACCUUGGCUGCUCCUGUGGCAGAGAGUGAAAGCAAUGAGGAAAAACAGGUAGCAGCACAUGCUAAUGAGGCCCUGAGGUGGAUGGAGAUGUACAGGAUGUACCAGCAGCAGGGAGUAGUUGGAAACCCCUUCCUGCCUGCUGCUGAUGCUCCUGCUGAUCCAGCUGGGGCAGCAGUGGCUGCUCCUGUUAUUGCUGCAGAUGCAUCGGAGGAGGAGAACGAGGAUGAAGGUGCUGCACCCAAAGCUGCAGCAGCCGGUGGUGCCCCCCUAAACUCUGAUGAAGAAGAGGAGGCCGAGGAGGCCGAGGAGGUGGAAGCAGCCGAGGCUGAGCCAGCUGUUGAAGUGGCACCAGAAGAGCCUGCAGCAGAUCCUGAAGCAGCUGUGGAGCCAGCUGUGGUGGACGUCCCUGUAGAUGCUGCCACGGUGGAUGCUGCUGUUGUCGUUGAUGUGCCUCCUGUUGAUGUGGUUCCUGUUGAUGUGGUUCCUGUUGAUGUGGUUCCUGUUGAUUUGGUUCCUGUUGAUGUGGUUCCUGCUGAAGUUGCCCCUUCAGCCCCAGAGGUUGCUGUGGAUGCACCUGUCCCCGCUGCUGCUGAUGUCCCCGCUGCUGCUGAUGUCCCUUCUGCUGCUGAUGCUGGUGCUGCUGAUGCCCCCCUAGCAGCUGAGACUGAAACAACUGGAGUGGCAGCAGAUCCUGCUUUAGUGUAGUCAUAUUUCUUAUAACCAGCCUAAGUGCUCCUCUGUUAGCAGUUAAAGCGAUAGCUAAAAGCGGCAAUGAGAAGUUAAAGCAGCGCUAAAGGAUGACAAGCUGUGGUAUAUUGAAUAGAGAAGAGGAGAGAGUGCUUUUUGUUCAGAAUUUGUUAUCCUCUUCCUUUUGUCUUGAAUCAAAAUAUUUGUUGUAAUGUCUUUGAUAAACUCUGUGAUGUACGUUUAUGGCUUUUCACAACAGACAUUUUGACUGUUCACAGUAUAGGAAAAUGUGUUAGUAAUGACAUUAAUGUUGGUUUUGUCCAAGCUACGGCAGUAGUUCAGCAUAGACUUCACCAGGAAUCUGAAGCUGAAGGAGCUGAAUAGAACGCAGCA